UGAACCGACAGGCGCGCGGGUCUGACUGCAGCACUUCCUCGAGGCGGAGAGACGUGAGCGCGCUCCGCGGCCACGCGCACGGAGGGGAAGUGGAAAAGGCGGAAGAAAGGACGCAGAAUAAACUUCACAACUUGUGGCCGACCGGCUGGAGACUCUCCGUUAGAGGCGAUGUCGCAGAGACCCCGCUGACCUGCUCACAUCAGCCCGGUCCCCGCCCCGCCCUCCCGCUCCUCUCCCCGCGGCCCGCUGAAAGUUACCCGCGGUCCGGUGGAGGAGCAGAGGCCUGCAGAGGAGGAGGAGGAGGAGGAGGAGGAGGAGGUGACUCACACUACUACACGCCAUGUCGGCCCAGGCGCAGAUGAGGGCCAUGCUGGACCAGCUCAUGGGCACCGGGAGAGACGGAGAUUCCAUGAGGCAGAGAAUCAAAUUCACAGAUGAGCGGGUCUGCAAAAGUCACCUCCUGGAUUCCUGUCCUCAUGAUAUUCUGUCUGGCACCAGAAUGGAUCUGGGAGAGUGUAUGAAGGUCCAUGACCUGGCCCUCAGAGCGGACUUCGAGAUUGCCUCUAAAGAGCAGGAGUACUUCUUUGAACUUGAUGCUGCUGAGCACCUCCAGUCUUUCAUUGCUGACUGCGACCGCAGGACCGAGCUGGCCAAGAAGAGACUAGCAGAGACGCAGGAUGAGAUCAGCGCUGAAGUGGCUGCAAAGGCUGAACGUGUCCACGAGCUGAACGAGGAGAUCGGGAAGCUGCUGGCCCGGGCGGAGCAGCUCGGGGGCGAGGGGAACGUAGAUGAGGCCCAGGAAGUGCUGGAGAUGGUGGAGAAGACUCGAGGCUUGAAGAAGGAAGCCGAGGAUGUGUACAGAAACUCAAUGCCAGCCUCCAGCUUUCAGCAGCAAAAACUGCGGGUGUGCGAGGUGUGCUCUGCAUACCUGGGUCUUCACGACAACGAUCGUCGUCUAGCCGACCACUUUGGGGGCAAACUUCACAUUGGCUUCAUUGAAAUCCGUGAGAAGCUUGAAAAGCUGAGGAAAGCAGUUAUAGAAAAACAAGAAAGAAUGCGAACCAGAAGACGAGAGGAACGCGAACGAGAUGACGAAAAGGAGCGUCAGUGGGAGCUGGAGCGGGAACGAGAAAGGGAACGGGAGCGAGAAAAAGAGAAGGAGCGGGAGCGCGAACGAGAACGAGAAAGAGAGCGUGAAUGGGAGAGAGAACGAGAACGGGAGAGGGAGCGUAGGAGGUCCAGAUCUAGAAGUGGAGAACGAUACAGGGACGGAGGAACCUCGACUUCGUCCUCCCAUCACUCAAGACGCCACCACUCCUCUCGUCCCAGAGAAGAAGGCGGCGACCGGGAUCGGGAGAGAGAGAGGAAACAUCGACACAAGGAGCGGCAUCGCUCGCGCUCCCACUCUCACAGGAGCAAGAGGAAGAGGUCCUCCAGAGAAAGAUCAUCUCACACUCGCGAGAGAGAGCCCUCGCCGUCCCAGGAGGUGUCCAGACAGGGCGCAGCAGUAGAGGGUUGGCGUGAGGACAGGGCGGAGUAUGGAGACUGGGAGGGCAGGGAGAAGCCCCCCGCCCCGGACACAGCCAGGCCCCGGGAACGGGAGAGAUCCCUGUCCUACGAGCGAGACCGGCGCUCCAGCUCUGAGGAGCGAGAGUCCGGGGAGAUAUGAACAGGAGUGGACUCCUCCAAAGUCUUCGAUUCGGAUACAUUACUUAAUAAAAGUAGCAGGGGGAGACGAGUGUGUGUUGGUGCGAAUGUGUGUGCGUGUUCAAGGUAAAAGCGGGACGUGUACAUCAGCAGGGGUGGACGGUGGAAACUUAACAUGGGGAUGAGGGAACAACUUCAGUGGUGGCGGUGAAGGAAAACAUGCAAACCAACUUUUAUAAGUAUGAAUUGUUGAAGCAGUAUAGUCAUUUUUUUAUGCCAUCUUGUCAAUCCUAUGUACAGUUAUUUUGACAGUGACGAGUGAGCGGUCAGACGGCAGCCCUUAUUGGUGUCUCUUUAUUUUAGUAUUUUCUUUUUUUUUUUUUUUUUUUUAAUCAUUAGUCGGAACCUUCACUGUGUUUCCUGUUCCGUAAGAAAUCCGUCGGUUUCAGUGGCUGCGGAUCCAUUCACGCAGAUUAGACUCCUUAAUGUGGCGUCCCUCGCAGUAAUGUUUGAGAAUGAGCAGUGGAUGACUGAAGGCACUUCUGAUGUUUGCGUUUGAUUUGCUGCCGUCAAGCCAUAACAAUUUCAUUUGGGAAAUACGAUACGCAUCCCAGAGUCUGCCUUUAGAUUCAGGAGGCAGCGAUGAGCUCGUGCUACUUAAUAAACUCACUAGUCAUCCCCCCCUCCCCUCUCCCCCGAAAGAAGUCAUCCAAAUAUUUCCACUCAGUUCCUGACAUGUGAAUGAAUAUUGAUGAUUUGCAUACUGACACUGAACGACCCAGGGACUCCUGUUUGCUGUGAUACAACCUGGAUGUACUGGGGGAACCUACUUUGCUGUGCCACCAUUACGUGAAUAAAAUGUUCUGCUUCUAUUCAAAUGCAAUGUGUUUAUAAAAAAUUCUCUUUGAAUUCACCUCAUGUUUAUGCGUAGAGUUUGGACAAAUUAGACAUGUUUUAUUAUUUGUGGGACAACUACAGUGUUGUGGUCAGAGUUUGUGUUGAAGCCAGAGCAACAGUUUUUUUGUUUUUUUUUUCCCCCCUCAUUUUACCUUUUAUUGAUGUCCACAUGUCUAAUUUUUUUUUUUAGCUUUUUGGUCCUGUAGUUUAUGACUAAUACAAAAAUAAAUAUAAAUGUUUAUAUUGUUUUUGGCUAUAAAAAUCGCACCGAUAAGACCAGAAAAUGUAUCUCAUUGUGGGAUUAUGGCUUUUAAGUAAAAUUCCUUGCAUUCAAAACUAAAAUAACAAGUACUCAUUAUGCAGAAUGGCCCAUUUCAGUAUAAUAUAUAAUUAUAGGAUUAUAAUUAUUUAUAUGUUAUUGUGUGAGCAACAAUGUUGCAGCUUGUAGGGCUAAAUACUUUAUGUACUUUAUUAAGUGGCUUAAUUCAUGAAAAAUGCGUCACAAAGCAUUGAUUGAACAUGUUUUGCAUUAAUAAUAAUCUGCAAAACUAGCUGGUUUAAAAAAAAAAAAAGAGAAUUGAAAAGAACAAUAUUUGCCUCCAAAAACAAGUGUAGACUUAAGUACAGUAGCAGUCAAAAGUUUGGACACACCUUCUCAUUCAACUACUUUGAAGAAUCUAAAAUAUAAAACAGCAUUUGUUGAGUUUGUUGA